AUGGGGCAAAAAAAGCAGCGACUGUUGGAGGCCAAGCGGCAUCAGAGCCCGCCAGAUGGGACCCGGACAGCUUCCCCCAAGGAGCCCCGCUUGGAGCCACCCACGACCCUCGGCCCCCAGCGCAGCAUCUAUUUCUCAAGCCUAAAGGGCCGCCCUGCUCGCCUGGGAUCAGAGUUUUUCGACCAGCCCGCAGUCCCCCUGGCACGGGCAUUUCUGGGACAGGUCUUGGUCCGACGGCUGGAUGAUGGCACAGAGCUCCGUGGCCGCAUCGUGGAGACUGAGGCAUACUUGGGGCCAGAGGAUGAAGCUGCCCAUUCGAGGGGCGGCCGGCAGACUCCCCGCAACCGCGGCAUGUUCAUGAAGCCAGGGACGCUGUAUGUGUACCUCAUCUAUGGCAUGUACUUCUGCAUGAAUGUCUCCAGCCAAGGUGAUGGGGCAUGUGUCCUGCUCCGAGCGCUGGAGCCCCUGGGGGGCCUGGAGGCCAUGCGGCAGCUUCGCCACACCCUCCGCAAAGGCGUUGCUGGACGAGCCCUCAAAGACCUUGAGCUCUGCAACGGUCCCUCUAAGCUGUGCCAGGCCCUGGCCAUCGACAAGAGCUUCGACCAGCGGGACCUGGCCACAGACGAGGCUGUGUGGCUGGAGCAGGGCCCCCUGGGGCCCAGUGAGCCAGCUGUGGUGGCAGCAGCCCGAGUGGGCGUUGGCCGUGCAGGAGAGUGGGCCCUGAAGCCCCUGCGCUUCUAUGUGCAGGGCAGCCCCUGGGUCAGUGUGGUAGGCAGAGCGGCCGAACGGGACACACAGGCCAGAGCAAAGGCCAGCCGGGAUGAGGAUUUUUAA